AUGAAGGUCUCCGCUCUUGCUCUGCUGUCUUUCGCCACUCUGGCGAUGGCUGCCCCUACCAACGACAAAAACACAGAGGUUGACAUUCAAGCAUACGCUCGCGCAGACGGUGCGCCUCUGGGCUUCAAGAUCAACAAGAAGGAUGUUGAAGCUUCGGCGUACGCCCGCGCCGAUGGCGCACCCUUGGGUUUCAAGAUCAACAAGCGGGAUGAAGCCCAGGCAUACGUCCGCGAGGAUGGUUCGCCGCUAGGUUUCAAGAUCAACAAAAAGGACACUGUUCAGGCGUACGCCCGUGAGGGUGGCCUGGCGCUGGGCUUUGAGAUUAACAAGCGUCAUGCUGAGGCUCAGUAUGCGCGUGGGGAUGGCUCACCGCUGGGAUUCAAGAUCAACAGGCGCGAGGAGUAG